AUGACUAUCGACACUUCCAACGGACAGUUUGUCGUCUUCUCUCAGGGAGUCGGUUAUGGAAUUGUGAUUGGUGUGGGUGCAGUUUUCGCCUUCACCAUGGCACUGAUUUCAUGGCUGCUCUCACGCUACAUGAAUGAGGUUCAGGACUCAGAAAUGUUGUCAACUGCCAAGCGGUCCAUCAAGUCUGGCCUUAUAGCUAGUGCGGUCGUUUCCAGUUGGACCAUCGCUUCCACUUUGCUUCUUUCCACUACAACUACCUACAGCCUCGGAAUAUCUGCCGCUUGGUGGUACGGAGGUGGUGCAUGUGUCCAGAUUAUCAUCUUUGCUACUAUGGCUAUCGAGCUGAAAAGAAAGGCGCCAAACGCGCAUACUUUCCAGGAGAUUAUUAAGGUUAGAUACGGAACAGUUGGCCAUCUGACUAUGUGUUUCUACUCUCUUGCCCAGCAGGUGGUUUACACUGCAAACUUGCUCAUCAAUGGCGCAUCUGUGUUUUCCAACCUGACUGGCAUGAGCAAGGAGGCUACCUGCGUACUUUUACCUGUCUUUGUUAUUGUCUACACUUUGAUCGGUGGUAUCAAGGCUACCUUCAUGACCGAUUGGACUCACGUGGUGAUUAUUUUUGUGAUUAUGAUGACGGUCAUGUUUAAGGUGUAUGCCACAUCUGAUAUCUUGGGAUCUCCAGAAAAAGUCUGGGAGCUUCUGACGGAGGCCGCCAAGACGCAGCCUGUGGCACACAAUUUGCAUGGCUCGUAUUUGACAUUUACGUCGGUGAACAGCGGUCUCUAUGGACUUAUUCUGCUUGGAGCGGGAUGGGCAGCCGCCGUGGACUCCCAGCUGUUCCAGAAAGCGAUUGCUGCCAACCCUGCUGGAGCGCUUACGGGAUACACUCUCGGAGGCCUCUGCUGGUUCACUUUGCCAUACGCAUUGGCGACCACUAUGGGUCUGGCAUGUCGUGCUCUUGAACAAACCAGCAACUUCCCGGUGCCAGGCGGACUCACAGAACAACAGCUAUCCAACGGUCUGGUGUUGCCAAUUUCUGCGUACGCAAUUAUGGGUAAAGGUGGUGCAAUAGCCAUUUUGCUGAUGGUCUUCAUGGCGAUUACUGCUGCGUACUCUUCAGAAACAGUGGCUGUGUCUUCGUUGCUCACCUAUGACAUUUACAAGUCGUACAUCAACCCGAAAGCAGACGGCAAAAAACUGGUCUUCGUCACGCAUCUAAGUGUUAUUAUCUUCAGUGUUGUGGCUAUUGGCCUGGCCAUUGGACUUGGCCAGGCCAGCUUUGACGUGUCGUUCAUUACCACUGCCUCUGGUAUUAUUGUCAAUGUCUGCGUCAUUCCAAUGAUCUGCACGCUUUUCUGGAAGAAGCUCUCGACCUUUGCGUUUGUCGCUAGUACCACGCUCUCCACGUGUAUUUCGCUGGCUAUAUGGAUCGGAUACAGCUAUUCAGCAUCGAAAUCGGUCACCAUCACCACCUUAUCUACAUACAGAGCUCUGGCUGCUGGUAACACUGUCGCGAUUUUCGUGCCAAUUAUAUUUGUGCCACUGUUUACCUAUUUGAAGCCAGCAGACUUCGAUUGGAAUAAAUGGAAAACCGAGAUUAAGCAGGUUGACGACUCUGAGUUCGACAAGAAGCAAGGGCUGACAAACGUUCUGAGCGGAGAGGACCUCACAGAAAUUGCUCUCGCCAAAGAACAGGAAGAAGACGCCAUGAUGAAACGCAAGAGGAAUUACGGUAUUGGUUUGGCUAUCUUCUUUGUCUUAUUCUUCCUUGUGCUCUUCCCAAUGCCUCUAUACGGCAGCCACUACAUCUUUUCAAAGACGUUCUUCCGGGGCUACAUUGUUGUCACCUUUUUGUGGGUGUUUUUUUCCGUCAGCAUUGUCACUGUGUAUCCAGUGGUGGAAAGUUUGGACGGUAUCAAGACGCUCUUCAAAAACAUUCUUACAAAAACACGGAGCCCGGUGCUGUACUCUGAGCAGACUUUAAGCCAAGUGACAAGCCGCAGGGCGGAUGCUGAGAUAAAAGAGGAGGCAGUCGUGAAUAUUAGUACUGUUAAUUAG